ACCCCGUCGGGUUGGGGGGGGGGCUGCCGGCCGGCUGCGGCGCGGUGCUGCGAGAGAGUGGGGGGACAGGGCCAGCCGCCCCGGUUUUUAACUCAACGGCCGUGACGCGAUGUCGCGCCGGCUUUAUGAGGCAAAAAAACGAUGGGGGGUUCCGGGUCGUCCACCGCCGGGCGAGGGAGAGGGAGAGGGAGGGGGAGGGGGAGGAUUUCUUUGCGGAGGCGCUGAGGGGCGGGAGGCGCUGACGCUCUCGCGCCCGGGCAAGGUGUCGGAUCGGCCCGUGCGUCCCAACCAGGGGGACGGGGGUUUGGGCUCGUCCGCGGGCGCUCGAACCAAAGCGUUAAGCCCUCACACAGCGGUGCACGAGAGGGGGUGGGACAGGCCAGCCGCCACGGUUAACCCCAACGGCCGUGACAUAACGGAUGUAUGCCGGCUUUAUGAGAAACCGAGGGGUUCCAGGUCGUCCACCAUCGCCAUCGGGGGUGCUGAGGCGGGAUUAGCCACCGACCCGGGUAAACCCGAGAAGCCUCUCCAUACUCGCAGCAGCAGCAGCAGCAGCAGCAGCAGCAGCAGCAGCCCCCGCACGGGUCGCGCCACACCAGCUUCCCCCCGUGGGGGGGCUGGGUGAGCGCGGCCGCUCUCGGAAGCUUGACGGUCGGAUUCGGGUGCCCUUCCGACCCCGGAGACCGAUUUAAACCAGGAAAUGUUUGAUUCACGGGAACGCCGGCUACGAGAUGGGGAGCCCCCAACGGCGUGCGCCCCACCCCGCCUGCCACGUCCGUGCGAUCGGACAAACUGAGCACGAAUCAACACCGGCCUUCUGAGUCUCUCUCGGAUAGGUUCGGGCGGGCUUCGACGUUCGUCGAAACCCCCCACCCUGGAGGCUGGCCCGCAAAGACGGGGAGGUACACACGCGCCCACAGUGGCCGUAUCUAGCGCCGGACGGUGGCCUAACCCCUGGCGGGCCCGGUAUGCCGUUCGAUCGGACGGAGCACGGAGCACGAAUCUCUCUCUCUCUCUCUCUCUCUCUCUCUCUCUCUCUCUCUCUCUCUCUCUCUCUCUCUCUCGUAGAGGGCCAAGCCCCACAACACCCAGGGGCUUCGCGAGGACUUGGCCCGUA